UUAUAAUACUUCAGUCAGUACUCAGUACUACUCUUUGUGCAUGAACUCAUGACCCACACACCCCCUGUCUUAAUCUUAUUCUUCUUCUUCAUAAGCAUCUUACCCUGUUUUCACAAUGAGUGAUCAACAAAUUUCUUUAAGCCACCACCCACCCUAAAACCCAAAUCCAAAUCCAAUAAUAAAGUUUAAAGCUUUUCCAUUUUUGAUUAAUUCCACCCGUAUGUAUGAAGAAGAUCGGUUCAGGUUCAUCUGAGAAGACGACCGGUCCUAAAUCAGCAAUCUUUCCUAUCCUCAUCUUAUUCCUUCUCACCACUGUCCCUCUCUAUGUCUACGAUUCAUCCCGUUUUCCAUUUCUUUAUAAACCCUUCUAUCGAAACAUAACCGGAAACUACUCAUCUACUCUUCAUGAUCAUCAGUUGCAGGCAUUUGAGACCAAGACCACGACAACCACUAUCAAUGGUUCAUCUAAUGCAUCUGAUCACGUUCAAGAAAUUCCUCUUUCCCCCUCACCACCUAUUAAUGUUUCGACAAUCCCACUUAAUAGUACACCAUCUUCCUUCCAAUCACCCAAGUUACAGGCUUUAGAAUCCAACAUCUCCAAUUCAUCUCCUGCGGCCAAUAAGACCGAGCCGCCGACGAGUUUAAGUUCGGAUGAGAUAAAAAGAUGCAAUAUUUUCAAAGGGGAUUGGGUAUUCUCCGAUUCAAAGGAACCUUACUACACGAAUGAAACGAAGUGCGUCAUUGAUGAUAGACAAAACUGCAUGAAAUUUGGUCGGCCGGACACAGAUUUCUUGAAGUGGAGAUGGAAGCCAUAUGGGUGUGAUCUUCCCCUGUUUGAUGCACGGCGGUUCUUGGAAAUUGUUAAAGGAAAAACUCUCGCCUUUCUUGGAGAUUCUGUUGGAAGAAACCAAAUGCAAUCUCUAGUAUGCCUAUUGUCUAGUGCAGCUCAACCAGUGGACGUGUCCUACACAUCAGACACGAGAUACCAACGUUGGCUCUACAAAGACUACAACUUUACCAUCGCCGCCUUUUGGUCCCCUGUUUUAGUCAACUCCAGCGAAGCAUCAACCCAACAGAAUAAAUACCUCAUGAACCUCUACCUAGACCAACCGGACGAGUCCUGGUCGUCCCAAGUCGAAAAAGUCGAUAUCCUAAUCGUCUCCGGCGGUCAAUGGUUCUUCCGUCCGUUCGUGUACUACAAUAGGAGAAAAAUCGUUGGAUGCCAUUUAUGCAACGACAAGAAGAUCAAGGAGAGAGAGGUUUAUCACGGGUACAGAAUGGCAUUCCGAACAACGUUACGAACACUAGUUAGACUCAAGAACUACAAAGGGUUGACGUUUUUGAGGACAUUCUCGCCGGCCCACUUCGAGAACGGGGAAUGGAACACCGGUGGGGAUUGCCGGAGGAGAUUACCGUUUACAAAGAAGGAAAAGAAGGUGGAUUGGAUGAAUCUGGAUAUGUACAAGAUUCAAUUGAGAGAGUUUAGAGAUGCAGAGAGGAAGGGGAGGAAAAGGGGACUUAAGUUUAGGAUGUUGGAUACAACGGAGGCCAUGAUUUUGAGAGGCGACGGGCACCCUAGUAAUUAUGGGCAUUGGCCGACUCAGAACAAAACUGUCGCUGAUUGUGUUCAUUGGUGCAUGCCUGGUCCUGUCGAUUCAUGGAAUGAGUUCUUGUUUCAGAUGUUGAAGAUGGAGGAGAUUUAAAGAUUUGAUCUUUAAUUUAUUACAUUAUUUUUUUAUAAAUAUUUUUCUUAGAUAAACUGUAAUUAUUUAAAGUUUGCCACCAUUGAUUUGAAUCUCAAAGUAUUAAUAAACAUAUUGCAAAGA